AACCAACCACUAAUCAAGAGCGAGCCACCAACGCAUAGGCAUUAGCUACAUCGCUUCGCGCCUACUCACUACUGCAUCGCCCUACGCAGUAGCCCUUCCCUUCUCUUUCUUCCUCCUCAACACGCCCCCAAACCUCUCGCCCGCCAUGCGCUACUACGAAAAGACGCUGCCGGACGUAGACGAGGUCGUCAUGUGCCAGGUCCGCCAAAUAGCAGAGAUGGGAGCCUACGUCAAGCUCCUCGAAUACGACAAUGCCGAGGGGAUGAUCUUGCUUUCCGAGCUGAGCAGAAGGCGUAUUAGGUCGAUCCAGAAGUUGAUCAGGGUAGGGAGGAACGAGGUCGUUGUAGUGUUGAGGGUAGACAAGGAGAAGGGCUACAUCGACCUGUCAAAGCGAAGAGUCUCGGCAGAUGAUGUCAUCAAGUGCGAAGAGCGAUACAACAAGUCGAAGGCCGUCCACUCGAUCCUCGCACACGUAGCAGGCAAGAUCUCAACGGGAGAGCUCUCCGCAGGCGCAGGUGCCGUAUCAGAGCAAGGCGAGGCAAAGCUCCUCGAACUCUAUCAGCAAAUCGCAUGGCCCCUCGACAAGAAGUUCGGCCACUCCUACGAUGCAUUCAAGCUUGCCGUCAGCGAGAGCGACGCAGUAUUCGGCAUCCCUGAGAUCAAGGAUAAGUUGGACCCGCUCGUCUUGAAGGAGCUGCAGGCCAAUAUUGCGCGACGAUUGACACCGCAACCCGUCAAGAUCCGUUCGGAUGUUGAAGUCACUUGCUUCGGUUACCAGGGGAUUGACGCAAUUCGUCGAGCGUUGGGUAAGGCAGAGGAGCACUCCACCGAGCUCGUCCCCAUCCGAGUCAAGCUCGUCGCACCGCCCCUCUAUGUUCUGGUCAGCCAUUCGACGGACAAGGUGGCGGCCAUUGCCCGCAUGGAAGAGGCGCUCAAGGCUGUCGAGGCUGAGAUCAAGGGGGACGGAGGGCAGGUCAAUGUCAAGAUGAUGCCAAAGACGGUCAGUGAGACGGAGGACAAGGAGCUGGAGCGAUUGUUGGAGAGGAUGGGUGAGGAGAACGCAGAGGUGGCAGGUGAUGAUGAUGACUCUGAGGGGGAGGCAUGAGCCUGAACUUCAGGACAAAGCAUGUGCGGGAACAAAGGUACAGAGUUAGAGAUGUACUGUCCUCUCCGCGAAAAGCAACCAUCAUUGGCUACUGCACUUGCACGGUGUGAACGCGUGUAUUGCAAUGUGCGUUGUGAUAGCGAGGGGAUAUGGGUACAAGUUGGAUUGUACAAGGGUAACGGCGAUGCGGUGUCAAGCCUAUUAGUAUGUCAUGCUACGUGGGCGAGCCAGCUGGGCUCCAUGCUUCCUGUAUUCUCUUCUCUCGCCCCAAUCAGCAGCGUGUUGGACGCCGUGAUCGCGGACUUUCAAUGCUCUGUCCUCUCACUUCUUCUCGCUCUCCUCUGCCUUUCUGAGCGCCCUCUCAAACAUCUCUACUAAACCCUUCGUCUCCUCCAAUCCUGUGGACACCCUGACCA